CAGGACUAGACAUUUCAGUGAUGAAAAUUUAAAUUUAUUUAUAAUUUUAUUUGAUUCAAUAAGUUAAGUUGUGAAUAAAAAUAAUAAACUAAGUUUACACAAUGAAUUGAAAUAAUCACUGCCGUGUACACUGUGUUAUAUUUCUAAGUAAUAAUAGGUUACCGCGGGAAAACAGUUUCCUUUGACUACUCUAAUGGCCGCAAUAGCGCCAAUGCUGUGGUAUUUAGUAUUUUAGCGUGAUUUUAUAAUUAAUAAAUGAGGUGUAAUGUCCGUUAUUUAUACCUUUGAGGAGGACUGAAAUGGACAUUAACGUAGAGGUGUCAAAGCAGAUAUCCCUGAUCGACGCACUGUUGAGCAACUUUGACAAGACAAUUGCACCAUGUCCUAACAAAAAGAAUGAAAAAAAAGAGGAAGAAACACAGGAUGCCAUGCCAGACUCUACGACCAACACGGAGAAAAACACUACCAAUCCCUUCCACUGUGGUGAUGAUGUCUUUGUCCCAAACAAAGAUGGAAAAUAUUAUUUAGGUACAAUUGUAGAGCUAAGUACAAGCAACGACAAUGAUUCAUGCGAAGUCGGUACGGGGGUUGCGAGGUGUCUCGUCAAGUUUGGUGAUGGUACACACGCUUGGGCUCCAGUCUCCUCGCUCAAGUUGCUCAGUGUACCCCCGGUGGACGAUGGACGGAUUAUGUGUGUGGUGUGCAAGAGGAGGGAAGGACCGGCCGCCAGCCCCGCCAUUAAUGCGAUCAUUGCAUGUGACAUGUGCGGCAGAGGGUACCAUGCCAAAUGUCAUUCACCGCCCGUGGAAUCGUGGAUUAAUGGUGCGUCGUGGCAUUGUAAGAGAUGUGUAGACCAAAGGUACAGAGUGGCUGCAGCGGAGAACAGGGCGCUGAAGCGGUCCGACCUUAUCAGGUGCAAGGGCGGCCAGCAGAGAAGGCAGCAGCAGGAGCUGACACCACCCUGUGAUACAGCAUCAACGACAUCCUCCACAGCAUCAGAUGCGGGCAAGGAGCAGAAUGAAGCGCACUGCUACUGCGGGGAGAAGAGCGACUGGCUCGCACAACCAUCUUUCCAGAUGCUCAUGUGCUGCAGGUGUCUCCGAUGGUUUCACCAAAGAUGCGUCUCGAGUUUACAGUAUCCGCUGUACGCUGGUGAUAAGUUAUACAUAUUCUCGUGUGCGAAUUGCAACAGUGGGGAAGAAUACUUGCGGCGUUUGGAGUUGUGUUGGUUGGACUUGGCCCAUCUAGCUUUGUAUAACCUGACUGCAUACAACGCUCCCAACUAUUUUGACCUGGACUCCGUUAUCAUGCCUUACAUCAUGGACAAUUGGCACGCCUUACAAUUACCCGAAAAGAUGUGGCGGACGCCGGUGAACGAGCGACGAGAGAGGAUACUGACGGCGCUGACUUCCUCUCGCAAGCGGUUCAAGUGCGGGCGCGAGAUGAAGAAGCGCGCCACGAUAUGGGGGCUCCGGUUGCGACGCCCCCCGCCCGCGCCCCUACAGCUGUCUGCCUUGGAGCAGGUCAAGAAAGGUGUUCCAUUGACGGAUGAGUUAGUACGAGAAUAUGCACCAAGAUUAAGGUUCUUGUCCAGGGCACCUUCACCACAAACUGUGACGUCGGUUGAUGAUUGUUCUCAGCCCUCCAGUAGCAACAACGAGAAGAGCCACAAUCACAUGAUCGUGCCGGUCGACGGCCACUGGCUGGGCCUCAUGAUGGGCAAACGGUUUCACGAAAGUCUCAACUCGAAUUCAAACUCCGAAAACGAUUCCACGAGUUCCUACGAGUCUGCCAAACUCACGGAAUGCGAGGAGCAGCCCUCCCCCUCCGAAUGCACAUCCACCGCUAGAAAAUCCGAUGCCAAAGAUGAUAAUUUAGAAAAAAUGUCAGAAAUAAACGAAUCCAACGAAGUGAGCUGCGAAGUGAAACGUGUAACUACCCCCGUGCCAUCAGAGGAGCUUGUACCGUGUCCUGUUCGAUUAGAUAAAGCAGCCAAAGAAAGCACCGACGUUAAGCCGAGCAGCGACGCGUGCAAUGUAAAUAUUAAUACGCACACGUCCAGAAUAGCCACUAUGAACUUAGAAGUGUCAAAACUGUCAACCAAGAACAUUAUCGAACAUUCCAAAAUAAUGUCGCUCCAACACAUGGACAGUGCGCCCCCGUACAAUAGUAGUAGCUUUAAUCACGAAAUCGAGUCGUCGGGCGAUGAAACGUCGAGUAGAGGGACUCUAGAUGCUAUCAUACCCCCGCUAAAAGACUUCCAAGGAAAAAAUAACCCUUUUUUAAUGACAAACACGUACCCGUCCAAAAUGCCGUUUUCGUCUAAUAUGAAUAUAUACAACAAACAAAAUGGAAGGACUAACGUUCAUUCGAGGUUUUCGUUACCCAACCAGUUGCAUCCGCUGAUGGGACCCCUAGUCAGGCCCUUGAAACGGAAGCUGAGCGAAAAGGAUAUCGUCAUAGGCCCGAAUGGCGAAGUCAAAAGAAGAAAAUAUAGGCGACCGCGAAAACAUUUACAAUUACAGCUCAACAAAUCGUGUCCACUGCCCGACGAUACGGCUAAGACUCAACCCGCCGCCGAGGGCGACAUCACGCCGCCCACGCACGUGAACUUCCACGGCCGAAGACUGAGACAGCGCCAGGAGAAGAACUACUAUGAGAACGCGAGAAGGAACAACAGCUCUGCCAACAACAGCGUCAAAAGCCUCCAGCUAAGCCCCCAUAAGUCGGGGGAAGACGAUCCCAGGCAGUUGUCGGAGCUCAAGUCCUCAGUUCAGUCAUAUUUCCGCGCCGGCCGCGGAUUCCGCGUACUGGCGCGACGACGGGAGCCCCAAGCACCCCCGGCCUACCUCAUAGAGUGGGACACCUCCUAGCCUCUAGCAUAAGGACCCGAGCGGUCGAGUAGUAUUAGCCAGGUUAUUAUGAAGAUCACUACUUGUGUAGUGUAAGGAUAGACUCCUAAUAGGAUAAGGUGCGUCGGUACACCGAAAUAUUACUGUUGGUUGAUUUUGAGGUAUUCGUAAUCGUUUACUGUUUACUGCCGACGGUAUUUUGUUUUCACUUGUUGAUAAGUUUACGUUAUAAUGAACUGAAACGAUACAAUAAUUUAUUAUUACAAAACUCAAACCAAAAUCAUGAGGAAAUCGAGAAAUGAAAGAAUGAAUUUUGAGCUUAUAGGAAAUUACGAAGUCUUAUAAUAAUUAUUGUCUAGUUCUCGAUUUGUACUGAGUGAAGUCUGAAUGUUACGACAAUCAUAAGGUUGUAAACGUAGAUAUAAAUAGCUCGCGUUAUUAAUUUUGUUUUUAAUGGUGCAAGACUUGUGCAUUAAUGUUUUAUCGAAUGUUGAAUGUUUUAGUUUUGUUUGAGACGACACUUGGGUAACAGUUAUUCACUAAUGAGGCUUAACUCUGUGAAGGUUGUCAAAGUUUCCACAUGAAAGUUUUUGUUUUACAUUCUUUACACUAUGCGCUACGGUAUGAUAUCGCAGAUACAGACUUAUAAGGUUGUUUAGGCGCCGAAGCAGACUCAGAACUAACGCGGCCAAAUUGUAAAUCGUUACUUGAGAGACACUCGUUUUACACUCGCGCCCCCAUUAUCGACGUGCCAAAACAACCUUGUUUCCAGUAUCUACCACUUGCAUUAUGCAUAUGACUGAUAUUUUCUUACGGAACGAAUCUUGGUAAAAGCAAGAUAAUGUAAAUUUUAGUCUUUUGUGUUCUUAUGCAUUGUUAAGAUGGCACGAAAAGUGAUAUGAAUCUUCAAUCGAUGUUUAUGUUUAUACAAACAUUUUCAUUGUUAAUGUAAUUUUGUAUGGUUGGGGUUAGAAUGAUAGACACAAUUGUAUACCAAAUGCUUUAACGAUCUAUCCAAAUUGAACUCAUUUUGUAAAUUUGGUCGGAGUAGCUGGUGUGACGUGUCCACCUGGUAUGUGUAUGGUAAUAGUAAAAGAACCAAGAUUUGUAAACGAAAUAGUAGAUAUUGUUAUGUAUCUAAAUUGUAACAUAUCUUUUGUUAUUAGGGAAUUGGUAAAAAUUAUAGGAAAAAGUAGUGUUUUUUUUUUUUUUGCUGUUAAGCUUGAUGGAGUAAGUUAUGUUUUAAAUAAUAAGGUUGAGUCCUUAUUGUAAUUGUUUGGAAGGUGUUUGUAUGCACAAUUCUAGGAGAUCCUGAUUGUAACAGCAUUCAAUAGUUAUUAUUAUUGACAUUACCCAAAAGUGGCAAAGCCAAAAAUAAGGGUUAUGCUUUCCUAGCUUGAUUCACGGCGUUGACCUCAGUAUUAUGAAAAAAUAUAUUUUUAUAUCAUACCUACAAUAAACACUGGCGAAAGCAGUGCAUAUACGUAUAAAAAUAUUUUUCGAUCCCGUCUGAACUUUUUGAAGUCUCUCGCCUCGACGACUGUAUUAUAUUUAGUUCCAGAGGACUUAGGAUUAUAUAAUAUGUAAUCUCUUGUAUAUUUAAUAUUAAACAUGAAAAUACAAUGAUAUUUUCUCACUUCAUAUUUAAAAAGAAAAAUCUAAAAUUUUGCGUGGCCAAUCCGUCGAAGACAUCAAUAUACACUUGAUAUAAAAUAAUGUACUGUAAAGUGAUAGCCUUACCAUAGUCAUAGUAUGUUUACAAAAAAUACAAUCUGCUCUUUUCUGGUUUUGACGAAUAUUUACCGCAAGACUAAGGUCAUGUACUAUGUCUACGUUCAGUACACUAUUUUAUACAAAUUUGUAUAUUACUUAAAUAAUGUAAUAAUAAAUAAGCGCUUGUCUGUCUAAUUUAGGUGUACAGUAUGUUCAAGGAAUGUGAUAUAUUAUAAUUCCAACAUGA